CCAUUUCGAAAUACGAAGUGAAAAUAAACAAAUCGUGCGUCUACUAAUGUUUGCAGCGAUGACAAGAAAAUUUCAGGAAACGUCUAACCGACAAAUUUCACAGCCAAUACGGAAAUCGACGGAACCAAUCAGAAUCCGAGGCUGUGUGUAACCGGAGAAACGUCCCGAAAUGUGGCGUCCACGCUGCUGCCUGAGAAGCACGAGACAGUAUUAUUGUUAAGAAAAGACAAGACUUGGGCAAACCAGACCAGACCGUUGCAGCCAGCUGUGGACCUCAAAGACACAAAGAAAAUGAAGAGGAAAAAGACGGAAGUGGCACCCGAGAGCCUGGAGGUGUGUGUCCCUGUCAGUGAGGUGAAGAAAAAGAAGAAAGAUGGCAACGUAGAGUCCACAGGCACGGUUGAUCCGACAGAUGAGUGUACAAACAGAGAGCUCGAUGGCAAAAAGAAAUCUGAGGCUUGCGAAGCUGAUUGUGUGGUAAAGAAGAAAAAGAAGAAGGAGAAAGAUGCCUGUGUGGACACUACAGAGUCAGUUGAUCUUACAGAGAGCUGUGAGAAUAAAGAGCUUAAUGGCAAGAAGAAAGAAACGCACAAAACCAAGCAACCUGUAAUAACUGAGAAGGAUGGAGUGGAAGAAGAGGAAGAUAUGGAGGGUGAGGACGAGGAUGAGCUGAGCCCAGAGGAAAGGCGUGUGCUUGAGAGGAAGCUGAAGAAGAUUCGGAAAAAGGAGGAGAAGAAGAAGCGGAAGGAAGAAGAGAAGGCGAAGAAGGAGGAGGAGAGCAAAAGCAGCAAUGCGCAGACACAGGCUCUGGAGUAUCUGACAUGCUGGUCUGAGAAGCGAGACGAAUGGAAGUUCCAGAAGACGAGGCAGGUGUGGCUCCUGCAGCAUAUGUACGACAGUGAGAAGGUGUCGGAUGCUCAUUUCUCAGUUCUCUUAUCGUAUCUGGAAGGGCUGCGAGGCGUGGCUCGGGAGACCACGGUACAAAAAGCAGAAGCUUUGGUUCGAUUUGGGGCGGGUCCAGAAGGAGAAAAGGGUGGGGCUACAGAGGCACAGAAGAAGACACAACGAGCCAGAGAGGUGAUUCAGAUUCUCUCUUGAGGGUUGAAGGCAGGAAAAGGACAAAAUUCUGAGUCUGUAAAUAUGUAUGACAGAAUUUUUUUUUCAAUAAAGACAUUUGCUUUUGUA